AUGUCCAGGAAAUUCAUCUUCCUUGUCGGAGCCCCCACAUCGCACAGCCUUCGCUGGGAUGAGGAUGAAUUGCUCGACAGACCUAUAUAUCCAUUUUCAGACCCGACUACCCCAGAGCAAGGAACGAGGGCAGUCUCGAAUGGUGAAGCUGUGAAAUGGAUGCUGCUGCAGGAUGUUACAGCACCGGCGCGGAAUCAUCACCAGUUUUCUCUUGGGUCAAACGGAGAUGCUCUGUUCUUCACGACUCAGGAUCUCACUCUCGCAGAUGCCGCAUUGAAUGUGGCAUCCGAAAAGUCAGCGAUCUCUCGAUUUUACGAUCAUUCCUUUGCGGUUUACGAGACAUCCGAAAUAUCUACCACUGGGUUGCAUGCGACCAUGUCCGUGCUGGAGAGUGGCUCAUGGGCUGACAGUACAGGCACCUCGUCGGCAACGCCCAGCGAUAGGGGGACACCGGCCUUAGGAUCUGUAUCCAUCGCAGGUGGUAUUAGUGACCUGGGAGAUAUCCCCAGCGCCACAUACUUACAGUCGAUUAUACCUCAAACGAUGACGAUGAACCUUGUUGUCGGUAUCAUUGUGGUUCACCCUCCACGCCGCAUUGUGACUCGGCAAUGGAAGAGAGAAUUGGAUCUCGUCGAGGUGGUAGUUGGGGAUGAGACCAAAACUGGGUUUGGGGUCACCUUCUGGCUCAACCCGGCGGACGAGGCGCCCGCCAAUCACCAAUAUGACAGUGACGCGCAAGAGCUUCGAAAGACAUUGUCCAGUCUUCGGCCUCGCGACAUUGUACUCCUCCGAACGGUGGGAUUGAGCUCCUUCCGAGAACGGGUGUAUGGCCAGAGUCUGCGACGGGGGGUUACGACCGUCGAGCUGUUGCAUCGACAGCGGGUCGACGCAACGGAUGCAGGAGGCUUCUACAGCGCCAGGCGGCUUCAUCAUCUCGCAGGCGAUGAAGCCCAGUCCGAGGAUCCUCUUUUGCUGAAGGUACGGAAGGUACGUGAGUGGAUCCGGCGCUUUGUGGAUACUGCACCGGAUCGAGUAGGCGGUGAGCAUGAUUCCUUUGAGAAACGUGGGCAGCCGGCAUUAUUAUUAUUGCCCCCCGACACGCAGGAAUGA